CACCAUCGAUCCUUCAUGGCUCCCACCAUAGAAAACCAAGAAUCCCAGGAAACAGCACAUCAACCAUUUUUGGCAAGCAUACCCACCACAAAACCACCAAAAACAAAAGCACAAAGGGCAGUGAGGAAGACAUUCAAAGGAACGGCCCAUUUGGCCAACCUGCUCCCCACAGGGACAGUCCUCGUCUUCCAAAUCUUAUCCCCAGUCUUCACCAACCGAGGCCAGUGUCCCACCUCCGUGAACCAGCACAUAACCCUUGUCCUUCUAGGAUUUUGCAGCCUCUUCUCUUUUCUCCUCUGCUUCACCGACAGCGUCAGGGACCAGAGAGGCAAGGUCCGGUAUGGUUUAGCCACCUUCAAUGGCUUAUGGGUGGUCGACAGCUCGGUCACUCUUGCCGCAGAGGAGGCGGCCAAGUAUCGGCUCAAGUUUCUUGAUUUCUUCCAUGCAAUUGCGUCUGUAAUGGUCUUUACGGCGGUAGCUUUGUUUGAUCAGAACGUCGUGAAGUGCUUCUAUCCGACGCCGUCCGAGGAAACAAAGGAGCUUCUGAUAGCCUUGCCGGUGGGGGUUAGCGUGGUUUGCAGCUGGAUGUUUGUUCGGUUCCCCACCAAACGCCAUGGAAUUGGCUUCCCUCUCUCCCCUGAGUAGAACAAGUAUUUUCUCCAUGUUAGUUUAUGUUUUUUCGUUUCGUAUAUACCUUGGAAGAUGCCUGUAAAUUAGCAAACAAAUUGACUAACUAAGGAUUGGAGUUUCUAAUAAACAUCUACCCACGGAAAAUGUUACAUAAAUUUUCAAAACAAACCCAGAGAAAAUUGGAAAAAUGGUUAAUUGAUCAUUCAUAUAUAGUA